CAGUAAUGGGAGUGCUGGUGAGGCGGGCGGCGGCGGCGGUGGUGGUGGCCGAGACGCAGCGACAGCAGCCGGCCCCCAACGCUUGGCAAGUCAUCAAAGGUGUUCUCUUCAGGAUCUUAAUCAUUUGGGCCAUCAGCAGCUGGUUCCGCCACGGGCCAGCACUGCAGGAGCAGAGCAGCGCGGGCGGGAUGCUGCGAGCCCCGAGCCGAAACCUCUUCCCCAAGGACACUUUAAUGGACCUCUACGUUUAUAUCUCCGAGCACGAGCACUUUACAGACUUCAACGUCAGCUCGGCGCUGUUCUGGCAGAAGCGAGAUCUCAUCUACGGGGACUGGACCAGCGGGGAGAACGCCGACGGGUGCUACAAACACUAUGGGGAAGUCAACAUUUCGCAAAGCGUCCAGCAGAAUGGCUCCAUCUAUAUCCACGUGUACUUCACGAAGAGCGGCUUCCAUCCUGACCCCAGGCAGAAAAACCUGUACAGGCGCCUCGCCACGGUCCACAUGUCACGAAUGAUCAACAAAUACAAGCGCCGGCGGUUCCAGAAAACCAAGAACCUCCUGACAGGUGAGACGGAGGCAGACCCUGAAAUGAUCAAGAGGGCGGAAGACUACGGUCCUGUGGAGGUCAUCUCGCACUGGCACCCCAACUUGACCAUCAACAUAGUGGAUGACCACACGCCCUGGGUGAAGGGCAGUGUGCCACCCCCCCUGGACCAGUAUGUGAAGUUUGAUACCAUCAGUGGCGACUACUACCCCAUCCUCUACUUCAAUGACUACUGGAACCUGCAGAAGGACUAUUUCCCCAUCAACGAGACCCUGAGCGGCCUGCCCUUCCGCCUUUCCUUCUGUCCGCUCUCCCUGUGGCGCUGGCAGCUCUACGCCGCCCAGAGCACCAAAUCCCCCUGGAAUUUCCUGGGAGAGGACCUCUACGAGCAGUCAGAUGAGGAGCAGGACUCGGUGAAGGUAAGAGCCACUCGCGGGCCUCCCUCCUCCUGGCUGCAGCUCUCCUGCUCGUUCCCAUAGAUCGAG